CUUUUUUCGUUUUGGCUCUUCUCGUCUUCUCUUAACCCCCUCUCCUUCCUCGGUCCCUGGCGACGUCGCCUUCGCCGGCCUAGUCCUUUCCGCCGCCGGCUCCCUCUUUCCUUCCCUUUCCUCUUUUCUUCUUUUCUUCUCUUUCCCCUUCCUUCUGCCUCCAGUUUCCUCUCUUUCUUAAAAAGCCCAGCCAUGAGCCACUGUUUUUCUUCUCGGGGUGCAAUGUCUCCUCCACUCUUGAAACUGUUUAAAUACCUCGAAAUCUAUCCUAUCCGUAUCACCCACCUCUCUCUCUCUCCAAAAACAAAACAUAUUUUUGUUUCUUUCUCUAAUAAUCCAUUAAAUCAGUAUGUUGCUACUUUACGAGAGCUAUUAGGACAUUUGGCUGAAGAGAGAACACCAGAAGGCUUACCCAGAGUUUCAAAGGCUGUGGCCAGUGAUUAUUCAGAGAAUAUUGAGGAUAUUGCUUCGAAGUUAACUGCCACACUGCCCAAUAUUAAGGUACCUCAAGAGGCCGUCACCAGAAACUCUUUUGAUAAGAGUCCUAAAUCAGAUGCAGAAAAUCACAAGCCUUCUUCACCAGGAUUAAGAAGGAGAGCUGUGCCAACCUCAAGCAUCAAAGAUAGAAUGCAAGACAGAACUGAGGCUUAUACAUCAGCACCUGUCAAACUGGAUGCUGCAGCUGAAGCACACAUACAAAAGCACAAAAAGCUUCAGGAGGAUUUAACUGAUGAGAUGGUUGGGUUGGCACGGCAACUUAAAGAGAGUAGUCUCAUGAUGAGCUGAUCUUUGGAGAACACUGAAAAAAUACUUGAUUCCACAGAGAAGGCUGUUGAGAAUAGCCUUGCCAGCACUGGACAUGCUAAUGUCCGUGCCAUGAAAAUAUAUUCAGAAACCUCUAAGACUAAUUGUUUCGAGUGGCUUCUGAUCUUUGUCAUGACAUUCAUUUUUAUCAUGGUUGUGCUCCUGAUACAUGUAACAUGAAAAUAUUCUUGAGAAUGAGGACAGCUCACUUUGGCAGACCUAUGAGGUAAUGCUACUACCUUCAGAAUGAUUUAUACCAUGGUUAGCCUCUGUUCGUGUUUUAUUAAUGUGUUGCAUUUAGGUUUGACUGGCUACUUGUUUGUAGAAUUGAGGGUUUGAGUAGUGGAAGUCACAACUCUGUUCAUCUUACGUCUUCUCAAGUCUUGUGUUGUGACGAAGAAUAUGGAUUACGGAAGCAAGUGCAUGGGCAGUUACUCAAGUUGGGUGUUAGUAAUUAUUUCUCUAUCUGGGUCUUUUAAUAAACUUUUAUGCAAAAUUCAGGUGCCUCGAUGAUGCCAACUUUGUCUUUAAUCAACUAUCACCAUGUAAUACUGUUACUUGGACAGCAAGAAUUGUGAGUAGCUGCAGGGAAAACCAAUUUGGCAAGGUUAUUGAGGAUUUUAAUGAGAUGGGUAGACAGGGAAUUGAGAAAAUAACUUUUAUUUUAUUCAAGUGUUUUCAAGGCAUGUGCUAGGAUGGAUGAUGAUGGCAUGUCUGGUUGACGGGUUCAUGCCAAUGCUAUCAAGCUUGGUUUGGAGUCGGAUGUUUUCAUACAGUGCAGAUUGAUCCACCUGUAUGGUAAAUGCGGAUUGGUGAGGUACUGGAAAGGCAUUUGAGAUUGUUGGUGAUAUAAGAAACAUUGCAUGUUGGAAUGCCAUGCUUAUGGGUUAUGUAUCGGAUGAAAGAAGCUGGAAUCAAGGUUCAAGAAUCACUGAUUAAUGACAUUAGGAUUGGUUGUGGUCAUAGAAAUAUGGCAUACAGAGUUGAAUGAGGAAUUGUAAAUCGGCAACUACGGUAGCAGAAUGGUAUGUAAUGCUAUACAUUCAACUCUUGUAAGCCUUUGUAUCUAUACUCUGUAUCUACUCCACAAGUUGCAGUUUUUUGGUCAUGA